AUACACCCAAGCAAGUACAAAUAUGGCGGCUUUUGCUUUGCAAACGAUGCUCUAGUCUAUAUUUUUUUUUUUAUAUCAAUCACUGUAAUACUUAAUGGAUGGACAAAGCAAAAGCUUAGAUGCUUAUUAUGAAGACGAUCUUCGUCAUUAUUAUAAACCAGCUCCCUACGUAUCGGAUAGAAUUAGGGCAGUUGACAUACUACCCAUUUUGAGAGAGAGAAUAGCUUAUUUGUCCGGUGGAAGGGACAGAAGGGGAGGCCCUAUACUGACAUUUCCAAACCCUUCAAAACUUGACAAACUUUCAUCGGAUGAAAUAAAAGCUGUUGUUUGUUAUUUACUGGCAUUACCCUCAGCUGACGUGAAAGAAAAAGGAUUUGCCGUUAUUGUUGACAUAAGAAAUGGUAGUUGGAGUCAAGGCAAACUAAUCCUAAACGUUUUGCAGGAAACUUGUCCUCAUGAAAUUUAUGCUACUUUUAUUCUGAAACCUGAGAAAUUCUGGGAGAAACAAAAAGCUAAUAUUGGAUCUUCUAAAUAUAAAUUUGAAACUCAUUUAGUUUCCGGGGAGCAAUUACACAAAUUUAUACAACCUGCUCAACUAACUGAGGAUAUCGAUGGAAUUUUAAGAUAUAACCACGAAGAAUGGAUGGAAAUUCGCGUGUUGGCCGAAACUUUUGCGUGGAAAGCUCAAGAUCUUCAUACGAAAAUGGAGCAAUUAAAAUCUCUGUUAACCGAAUACUCUCUGCCAGAUGAUAUUAACGAGUCGAAACGUGUUUUGGAGGAGCAUGACACGUUCAUAAGAAUGAGAGUGACUAGGUCCCCUGUUGAAGUUUUAGACAGCGAAGGUCAAAAGAUCUUGGACAAAAUAUGCGAAGUUUCUAGUAGCUAUGAUCAAGGUGGUGCUUGUACAACGGGUUCAUUACCGCAUGAUUCAAGAAUGGUUUCAAAUGCUGAUCUACAAAAUCUUGCUCCGAAAGUGUGGGCAAUGGUUGAAAGACUACAUCAGAGUAAACAACAGCUGGUUCAAUUGUGGCAUAAUAAGAGAUCUAAGUUAGAACAAUGCGUUCAGCUAAACAUGUUUGAUCGAGACACUGAAAAGCUCUACGAUUGGAUGAGCGCCAAAAAACAAGAAUUCUUAAUUGACUACACAAUAAUCGGCUUAAAUAUGAAAGAAACAAAAGAACUACAAGAAAGACACGCUCAAUUUACAUCAAACGCUAUGAACGCCUACGUAGAAGUGAACAAAGCGGCUACAGUUGCUCAAAAACUAUGUGAAUCUGGUCAUUACGCUUCUGCGGGAAUCAAACAGCAGGCUAAUAAGUUAAACAAAGAAUGGCGGAAUUUGGCUGCCGCAAUGGAUGAUAGGACAACAGUUUUAACUCUUAGUCAUAGUUUUCAUUGGAAAGCUGAGGAUUAUUUAAACUUUCUACCUAAUUGGAUAAAAGAGUGUGAGAAUCUGCAAAUACCCGAGGAGGUGGGCCGCUUAGAAGAUGGGAUUCAUCAACACCAGGCUUUGUGGGAUUCUAUUAUGCAAAAAUAUUCAGAAGUUUGCGAUGAUAGUAAGUCAUUACUGAAUAUUUUGCAAACUCCUGUUUCAAGUGGCAGUGACGAUUCCCUGACGGCAAAGGCUGAUUAUUCAGCAGGUGCCGAUCACGUGAUCAACGUUUUACAUAAGGUUUUAGUUGCUCAUAGAAACAUGGAUAACAUAUGGACUUCCGGCAAAGUUAAACUUCAUCAACGCUUGGGUUUAAAAAUGUUUCAACAGGAUGUUCGACAAGUCCUUGUCUGGCUGGAUGAACACGGCGAAGCAUUUCUACUUAAAACAAGGGCCGUUGGCCGAUCUAAACCGAAAGCUAAAACUUUGUACGCUAGUCAUCAGCAAUUCGAAAAGGUUGCUCAAAACACCAUAACUAAUGCUGAAAAAUUGCUAACGGCCGCUAAAGAACUAGCGGGAACUGGAGAAUGUAAUCCGAAUGAAAUAUUUCAAGAAGCUCAACAUUUAGAAAAGAGAAUGGAGCAUUUUCUAAAUCAAAUGCAUGCUAGAAGAGAAGUUUUAUUAGCUACAGUCGCUUUUUAUACUCAUGAAGAAGAACUGAGAAACUGGUUUGAUGAAUUAAGUAAGGAAUUAGAAUCUGAUGAGGUUGCUGAUACUUUAGAAGUUGCUGAGGAAAUGCUACAUCAGUUUGAACAACAAAAGGAAUCUACUGUUGAAGCCACGGUCAAUACUUUGACAAAUGGUGAAAGGUUAAUUGAAGAGCUACAGCAAGGCGAACCACAACCGAACAAUGAUAUUUCUCACAUUCAAAGCUGUUUAAAAUGCAUUGAAGAAAAGAGAGAAUCUCUUGAAAACUUAUGGAAUGGUCGGAAAAUGAGGUUGGACUUGUGCUUGGAGCUUAGAAUUUUUGAACGCCAAGCUCUAGAAGUAUGCGGUCAGAUGGAGCAUUGGCAAGCGGAAUUUGGCCAAGUAGAACUUCCGGCGGACGGAGAUCAAGCUCAAGCACUUUUGAAUAAUCAUGACGAUUCCGUUGCAGCAAUGCAAGCAUUUGUUUUUGAUGUACUUCAACAAGGACUUGAUUUAGCUCAGAGAUUGGAUGGAAGUGGUUUAGAUUUAUCGAAGGAAGAAGGUCAAUCGGCUGCAACUAGGGUUCAAAUGUUACUUGAUUUUCUUCAUCAACGAGAAUUACAAAUAGAGGAAGUUGGAGAGGAAAAACGAAUGAGAUUAGAGGAAUUUAUCCAAUAUUGUAUGUUCGAACAAGAUGCCAAACAAGUUCUCCAAUGGAUAAAAAACGGAGAUGUUAUGUUGACGGCUGGCUAUGUUUGCCCAACAAGUUUAUCUGACGCUGAAGGCUUGCAAAAGGAAUUUGACAAACUCCAUUCGGCCAUCAAGAAAACGCAUCAAAGUGCCCAAGAAUUGACCAAUAAAGCCGAAUUAUUAAUUAAUCAGGGGCAUUUUAAAAAUGAGGCAAUAAGAAAUCGCAUUGAACAUAUUACUGCCCAAUGGCAAAAGUUGACUUAUCGAGUAGAGGAAAGGAAAAAAUUAGCCAUGGCUUCCAGGAAUUACUUUAAAACAGUUGAAGAUGUCCUGUCCGUUCUACAAAAUCUUGAAAAAGAAUACGAUAAAGAAGAAGAUAUAUGCAAUUCUGAAAGGGCACUUUCCGUAAAGAAUAAGUUUGAUUAUUUAAACGUUGUAUUAGCAAGACAUCAAGAAAAAAAGGAUGCUUUUAUGAAAGCCUGUACUUUGGCAAGAAGAAUGGCCGAAGUAUUUCAAAAGUAUGUUCAUCGAAAUAUCCUCAUGUUGAAUAUGAAAUAUACAACAAAUCCUGAGGAAAUGAUUCACAAUACUUUAAAUAAACUCAAGCAACAAGAAGAUGUUGUCAUGUACAAAUGGACUAUGAGAAAGAAAUCACUUGAAGACUGCCAACAAUUUACUCUGUUCGAGUCUAGUGCCAAACAGGCAUUAGAAUGGUUCGAAGAAAUUGGUGAAAAAUACUUAACGUCAAAUCUUAAUGAAAGUGAUAAAGAUGCUUCAAGACUUUUAAACGAACAUAAUGAAUUUAAAUCAAAUUGCAAAGAAACUCAUGAAAAAGUUCUACUUUUACGACAAAUUGCUAAAUCUACACUAGAAAGUGGACAUUCUCACGCUGUUCAAUUUUCGUAUUGGGUUAAAGCUGUAGAUGGAAAAUAUAAAGAAUUUUGCGCCAAAAUGAAACAAUACAGGGUUAAAUUAGAAUCUCAAAUCAAUGGUGAUGACUCUAGUAUGAAAUCUCCUGAAGAAGCUGAAGCUGUAGAAAAAAGUUCAUUAUCUAGUGAAACGUCUGAUCGUACACUAGAGGAAAGAAUUCAACAAUCCGCGUCCAAAAUAAAUGAAGCCAAAAGAAAAUCAGCUAGAAAACGAGAGUUUAUUCUUGCUGAAUUAAUUCAAACUGAAAGGGUUUAUGUUGAUGACUUAAAUACUUGUAUAAGGUGCUAUAAACGUCAACUUGAAACGAUGCAGGAUAUACCAACUAGUUUAAUCGGUAAAGUUGAUAUUCUAUUCUCGAAUAUCGAAGAUAUUUAUGCUUUUCAUCAAAGCAUUUUCCUAAAAGAAUUGGAAAAGUAUGAAAGUAUUCCAGAAGACGUUGGUCAUUGUUUUGUCACAUGGGCCAAAAAAUUCUCAAUAUAUGUUACGUACUGUAAGAAUAAACCAGACUCUAAUCAUUGUUUGGUUAAUUGUGCAUUUGAUUAUUUUGAGAAAUUACAAUAUAAGCAAAACUUGCCUGCCCCUCUCUCCUCGUAUCUUAUUAAGCCUGUUCAGAGAAUCACUAAAUACCAGCUACUGUUAAAAGAUUUGCUCUCCUGUUGUGAUGAAGAUAAGGGAGAGUUAAAAGAAGGAUUAGAAGUGAUGCUCAAUGUUCCUAAAAGAGCUAAUGACGCUUUACAUUUUAGUAUGCUAGACGGUUACGAACAGCAUGAAUAUUUCGGUGACGUUAUUCUACAAGACUCAUUUACGGCAUGGGAUCAAAGACAGUUAAUAAAAAAGGGAAAGGAGCGGCAUCUGUUUUUAUUCGACGUCUGCUUAGUUUUUGCCAAGAAGAGUCUGGAUAAUAGUGGAAAGGCUAAAUAUAGCUACAAAUUCAAGUUAAUGAUAAAUGAAAUGGGCAAUCAUAUCAAGGAACACAUAGAAGGCGACCAAUGCAAAUUUGCUAUCACUCUCACGUCAAAUUUGUCUGAUAAUAAAAUCAUUUUAAAGGCGCCUUCUUUGGACACAAAAUUAGCUUGGACUAAAAAGUUGCGCGAACUCAUUCAGGAGCAUGUCUUUUCCUCACUACGUCGUAUUUCAAGAGAAUUGGAUGACUCCAUUUCAGUUGAUGAUCUCGGUCUUGAUUCGUCAAGGUUGCAAGCAGGUUCAAUGACAUCAGUAAAUACAAAUGCGUCCACUGGUACGUCUGACUCUGGAGGAUCUCUUUGCGGCUUACCACCACCUCCAUCCGAUUUGAGGGUAAGUAAAAAGUAG